AUAUCGAAUAAUAAAUAAAUACCAUUGCGCAAAAUUUGUGGCAACUGAAUAAAUUACCCUAUCGAUACCCGCCCCUGCCAAAGUCCCAGAUACCCAAAGGCCCAAUAAUAAUUGUGGGCUAAGUAAACGACAAUCUAUCAACUAUUGCCCUUGUUGGCGUCUGUGACUAGCAUCUUUUUCUUUUAGUUUUUCAGUGCUUUGUUUCUCUGAUUCCCUCAGACUGUUGUUUGUAGUACAAAUUCCAUAGUAGAAUCAAGCAAGGUAGGCGAAAAAUUGUAGGUGGAAGAUGGGCUUGACUGCAUAUCUGUGGAGUGCAGUGCCAUUUGUGGCAAUGAUAACAGUGGAGUGCACACAUGUGGGUCUAUCAGUAAUAAGCAAAGCAGCCUUGACAAGAGGAAUGAGCAAUUUUGUUCCAGUUGUCUACUCUAAUGCCCUUGGUACCUUGAUUCUUCUCCCAUAUUUCAUCUUCUUCAGGUCUCUGUCUUGAUCAUAAUUUCCUCCAUUUACAUUAUGUUGGAAAUUAGAUCCUAUUAUUUAGCCAUUAUCUCUAUAUUUUAGGAAGUUUAAGUUAUUUAUUUGUUUUAGGUUGUUAUCAUUUAAAUUAGAUUAGAUAAGAUUGAUUAGU